AUGCGGAGUGCGUUGGUCUGGCGAAGAAGCAGCGGAAGGUGCGUGGGUGACGUUCUGGACGCCAUCAUUGACAAGACAGGCGUCUGCGGCGACGGCGAGAGGGAGCGAAGGGGCGCGCGGCGGAAGCACCGCAACCGUCCGCCGGAGGGCAUCACCGCCGCGGUACUGCGGGGGUCUAACCCGUUCUUCGUCUCGCUGCGCCCAGAGCAGGCGAGGGACGCAGGUAGACCGCAGCGAGAGGCGGCGCGCGGCACGCACCGGGCGGAGGAGCCGGCGCCGAAGAAGGAGCAGCGACGUGGACCCAAACACACUGCGGCGGGGCGGGGCAGGAAGCGGAGGCCCAGUACGCCUGUGACGGCCACGGCUACGCCGUCGCGUGUUUUGCCUGCUGCCACCGCUGCUUUAGGCGCCUCGUCCGCAACUCCGCCGCCACUGGGCCACACCCGUCGCCUCACCGCGCGCAAACUUCGGGCGCUGAGCACAGGCGUCACCAAGGCGGCCACGCUCUUCAGGCUCUUCAAGACUCACUCUCUGGAGGGGCAGUCGCGCCUCGUCAGGAACCGUCGCCGCCGCUGCUGCCGCUCUCUGGGGAGGGGGCAGAGCGCGGAUGAGGGAGAGGCGUGCCUCAACUCCGCCUUCUGGGCGGCCUUGGCCUCCGUCCUGCAGCAGCGUCGUCGCCACAAGGAACAGUGGCAUGCUUUGUGGGCAGCACCGACUGAUGGCCGCUGCGAGGAGCAGCAGCGCCAGCUCUUGCGUGCCUUUCCUCUCUUUGGGCUUGUGGUGGUUGUCGAGCGACGGCGGUGGAGCCGGGGCGCGGGGGCCGCCCCCUGCGCCGCAACCACGGAAGUUGUCAGCUCCGCGUUGGGCGUCGUGAUGCACGAGUCGAGUGCCUUUGUGGGUGUGGCGCUGCUGCUGCGGGAGGAAAGGGAUUUGCGCGCGCUCUCCUCCCGCCUUCCGUUGCGAGGCGAGGGGUUGGGCGGGAGUGCCGCGGCGAACGCGUCAGAGGGGGACGACGCGCUUCCAGUGGGUCGAAUUCUGCGUGUUUCGAAGAUGUUUCCUGGCGGCACCGGCACUGCGGCCGAACUGCGCUGCCCGCUUGAUGCCGCGUACUGCACCGUCGCGAGGGUGGCGCCAGAGGAAGUGGCCGACGGUGUCGCCUCAUUCACGCCGCUCGUUGGCCGCUAUUUGUGA